AUGUGCAGAAAGACACUCCUAAGACUGAUUGGUGUGAGCUUCGGACUCCUGUGUAUUCUCCAAGCUGCCUUAAAUGUUUCUCUGCGUCUUGUUCAUAGUCACACUAAUGGGAAGACGUCACCUGUUGAAGGAAGUUGCAAAAACCUGACUGAAGAUAUUGAUAACCUGAAGACUGCACUGCUGCACAUUAAUCAUCAAGAAUGGGUUUAUUUCCAAUGUAGUUAUUACUACAUUUCCAACAUAAAGAAAUCCUGGCAGGACAGUAGAGAUGACUGUCUGAAGAGAGGUGCAGAUCUGGUGAUUAUCAACAGUAAAGGGGAACAUGAUUUCACAAGAAAAUUAUUUGGUUUUCGUUGGAUUGGACUAAGUGACACAGACGGAAAUGGGUCAUGGACAUGGGUGGAUGGCACUCCACUGUCACAAAGUUACUGGCACUUAGGGGAACCCAACAAUUUUGAGGGCAAAAUUGAAGAAUGUGUGGAAUUAAAAUUUCAACAUGAAGAAAACAGCUGGAAUGACCAAGUAUGUGGAGAUGAAAACUUUUGGAUCUGUGAGAAAAAAGUGGCUCUCUGAGUCCUUUCAGAACUCCCUGCUUCACCAAAAUAAAUGAACAUACUAAAUACAC